GGGGAUUUUUCUUAUUGGGGGGGUUGUUAAAAAAUAAAUAUAAGAGCGGCCAUCUUUGUUUCCCUGCCUAGUAGUGUAAAAUAUUCCAAAACGGCCCUCACUUUUUUUCUGGUGUCGAUUUGAAUAUUAAAUAAAUAUCAUAAUUCCGGAAGGUUUCUGAUUUCGAGGAAGGAGCCGAUGACAGGACUAUAAUGUCCUCUCCUCUCCGGUCCUGUGAGGAAGACCAGGGCAUGUUGGUUAAUUCCGAGGGAGUAGAUUUUGAUGAAGAAGACGAGGACGACGGAGAUCUAGACGAGAACGCAAGCGACAUAAACUCGCCGGCGGCGCCUCGAGAAACUGCAACACUAGCCGCGCCAGUAGAGGAAGAAAGGGAAGCAUCAGACAGGGCCAGUCUAGGGAGGAAGAAACGAGGGCCCAAGAAGAAGGAGACAAAGAAGAAAGAGAAAGAGGGAAAACCGGUUAAAGCCAAAAAACGGAAAAAGAUUGAAAGUGAUGUAGAGAGAGACUCGGAGCGAGAGAGAGAUUAUGGUGAGAACUCCGACAGCGCUGCGAGUGACUUCUCUGGCGAGAGGAAGAAGAAGAAGAAGAAACACAAGGAAAAGAAGGAGAAGAAAACCAAGAAGAAGAAAAAAGAUGAUGGGGACAGCACGCAUGAGGAGACAACAAAGCCAAUAGAACAGAAGACGUCGGCCCAGCUGGCUAUGGACUGGGGUCUGGAGGAUGUGGAUCAUACAUUCACUGAAGACGAUUACCGCACACUCACCAACUACAAAGCCUUCAGCCAGUCCAUGAGGCCCAUGAUCGCCAAGAAGAACCCUAAGAUCCCCAUGUCUAAGAUGAUGACCAUCCUGGGGGUCAAGUGGAGGGAGUUCAGCUCUAACAACCCCUUCAAGGGCUCCGGUGCUGCAGCCGUGGCAGCUGCAGCCGCCGCCGCCGCCAUUGCCGUCGCCGAGCAGGUCUCCGCGGCAACCCCAUCCCCGGAGCCACCUCCACCCCGGAAGCAGCCCCCACCCCCACGGCCGCCCCCCCUGCCGCCACCCCCGCUCCGCAAGGCCAAGACCAAAGAGGGCAAAGGCCCUGGGUAUAAGAAGAGUCGCAGUAAGAGUCCUCGUGUUCUGGCUGAGAGGAAGAAGGCGGUGGCAGCAGCAGUAGCGGCUUCAGUAGCUAAAGCCAAGAAGAUGUCCCCCAUACGCAUAAAACUGGGGGCCUUAGGCAACAAGAGAAAGAAGAGCAGUUCUAGUGGUGAUGAUGUUGAUGAGGAGGACUCGCUGCAAGAGGACUCCAGUGUCCACAGCUCCUCGGUCCGCUCCGACAGCUCCUCCCGGGUCAAGAAGAACAAGAGAGGACGUCCGGCCAAGAAGAAUAAGAAAAUGCUGGAUGAGGGUGAGGUGGAGGGGGAUGGUUAUGAGACAGACCACCAGGACUACUGUGAGGUGUGCCAGCAGGGAGGGGAGAUCAUUCUGUGUGACACCUGUCCUCGGGCCUACCACCUGGUCUGUCUGGAGCCUGAGCUGGAGAAGGCCCCUGAGGGCAAGUGGAGUUGCCCACACUGUGAGAAAGAGGGGAUCCAGUGGGAAGCGAAGGAUGAGGACUUUGAGGAGUUUGAGGAGGAGAGUGAGGACAUGGUGGUACCAGAGGUACCUGGGGUUGGACUGCUGGUAGGACUGGAGGAAGAGGAGGAUGACCACAUUGAGUUCUGCAGGGUCUGUAAAGAUGGGGGGGAACUAUUAUGCUGUGACACAUGCACUUCCUCCUACCACAUCCACUGUCUCAACCCGCCCCUGCCUGAGAUCCCCAACGGAGAGUGGCUGUGUCCACGCUGCACUUGUCCUGCUAUCAAGGGCAGGGUGCAGAGGAUCCUCCACUGGCGAUGGGGCGAGCCCCCCGAUCCUGUACCCAUGCCUCCCGCCCCCGAUACCCCUCCUGAUGCUCCUCCGCCACCCCCUAUGAAGGGCAGGGCUGAGAGGGAGUUCUUUGUCAAGCUGACUGGACAGUCCUACUGGCACUGUACCUGGAUCACUGAACUGCAGCUGGAGAUCUUCCACUCGGUGAUGUUCCGUAACUACCAGAGGAAGACAGAUAUGGACGAGCCUCCCAGUCUGGACUAUGGGUCGGGGGGAGAGGAGGAGAGUGUUAAGAGUGAGAAGAGGAGGCUGAAAGACCCCGACUAUGCUGCCCUGGAUGACAAGUUCUAUAAAUAUGGCAUCAAGCCUGAAUGGAUGAUGGUCCACCGCAUCAUCAACCACAGUAUGGACAAGAAAGGGAUAUACCACUACCUGGUCAAGUGGAGAGACCUGACCUACGACCAGUGCACAUGGGAGAGAGACGAUCUGGAGAUGCCAGAGUUUGUCAUUCACAAGGCCAACUACUGGGCACACAGGGAUGAGGUGAUGAAGGAGGCCCCAGACAUGCCGAGGAGGAUGAGGAGGAUGAGGAUGGAAGAGAGUGAAGACCCCCACAGAUCACCUGUCAACGACCCUACGAUAAAGUACGAGGAGCAGCCAGACUUUGUGACGGCGACGGGGGGCACUCUGCACCUCUACCAGCUGGAGGGACUCAACUGGCUGCGUUUCUCCUGGGCACAGGGCACUGACACCAUCCUGGCAGACGAGAUGGGGCUGGGCAAGACUAUCCAGACCAUCGUCUUCCUCUACUCACUCUUCAAAGAGGGCCACACGAGGGGCCCGUUCCUGGUGAGUGCCCCCCUCUCCACCAUCAUUAACUGGGAGAGAGAGUUUGAGAUGUGGGCCCCUGACUUCUACGUGGUGACCUACACAGGGGACAAGGACAGCAGAGCCAUCAUCAGAGAGAACGAGCUGACCUUCGACGACACGGCCAUACGGGGAGGGAGGAAAACCUUCAAACUGAGGAGAGAAGCCCCUAUAAAGUUCCAUGUCCUGUUGACGUCCUAUGAGCUGGUGACGAUAGACCAGACCUCCCUGAAGUCUAUAGACUGGGCCUGUCUAGUGGUGGACGAAGCCCACCGCCUCAAGAACAACCAGAGCAAGUUCUUCAGACGUCUGAAUGACUAUACGAUUGACCACAAGCUGCUGCUGACUGGUACUCCUCUACAGAACAACCUGGAGGAGCUGUUCCACCUGCUCAAUUUCCUCACUCCCAACCGUUUCAAUAAUCUGGAGGGGUUCCUGGAGGAGUUUGCAGACAUCUCCAAGGAGGACCAGAUCCAGAAGCUCCAUGACCUGCUGGGUCCCCACAUGUUGAGGAGGCUGAAGGCUGACGUCUUCAAGAACAUGCCGUCCAAGACUGAGCUCAUCGUACGAGUGGAACUAAGCCCCAUGCAGAAGAAAUACUACAAGUUGAUUCUGACGAGGAACUUUGAGGCUCUGAACUCUAAAGGAGGAGGUAACCAGGUGUCUCUACUCAACAUCAUGAUGGACUUGAAGAAGUGUGCCAACCACCCCUAUCUCUUCCCCGUCGCCUCCAUGGAAGCCCGCAAGACGGCGAGCGGAGCGUACGAGGGCAUGGACCUCACAAAGGCUUCUGGGAAACUGACUCUGUUGCAGAAGAUGAUGAGGAAACUGAAGGACCAGGGACACCGGGUGCUAGUCUUCUCACAGAUGACUAAGAUGUUGGACCUGUUGGAGGACUUCCUGGACUUUGAGGGUUAUAAGUACGAGAGGAUCGACGGAGGAGUCACAGGAGCUCUGAGACAGGAGGCCAUAGACAGGUUCAAUGCUCCUGGUGCUCCUCAAUUCUGUUUCCUGCUGUCCACCAGGGCAGGGGGUCUGGGUAUUAACCUGGCCACAGCAGACACUGUUGUCAUCUUCGACUCAGACUGGAACCCCCACAAUGACAUCCAGGCAUUCAGUCGCGCCCACCGCAUCGGGCAGGCCAACAAGGUGAUGAUCUACCGUUUUGUGACCCGUGCCAGUGUGGAGGAGCGCAUCACUCAGGUGGCAAAGAGGAAGAUGAUGCUGACCCACCUGGUGGUGAGGCCCGGCCUGGGCUCCAAGGCUGGAUCCAUGUCCAAACAGGAACUGGACGACAUCCUCAAGUUCGGCACCGAGGAACUCUUCAAGGACGAGAUCGAAUCGGGGGACAACAGGGAUGAUGAGGGCAGUGUGAUCCACUAUGACAGCUCAGCCAUCGAGAGACUGCUGGACCGGAGCCAGGACGCUACAGACGACACAGACAUGCAGAACAUGAACGAAUACCUCAGCUCCUUCAAAGUGGCCCGCUACAUGGUUCGAGAGGAGGAUAAGAUUGAGGAGGUGGAGCGUGAGAUCAUUAAGCAGGAAGAGUGUGUGGACCCAGAAUACUGGGAGAAGCUGCUGAGACAUCACUAUGAGCAACAACAGGAGGACCUGGCUAGUAAACUGGGCAAGGGCAAGAGGAACCGCAAACCUGUCAACUACAACGACGCAGCACAGGAGGACCAAGAGUGGCAUGCUGGUAUUUCAGAUAACCAGUCCGAGUACUCUGUGGGCUCUGAGGAGGAGGAUGAAGACUUCGAUGAGAGGCCAGAAGGUUCUCGCCGACAGUCCCGUCGUCAGAUGAGGAACGAGAGAGACAAGCCACUUCCCCCCCUGUUGGCCAGAGUAGGGGGAAACUUGGAGGUAUUGGGCUUCAACACGCGCCAGAGGAAAGCCUUCCUAAACGCGGUGAUGCGUUGGGGCAUGCCCGCACAGGACGCCUUCUCCUGCCAGUGGCUGGUCAGAGACCUGAGGGGCAAGAGUGAGAAGGAGUUCAAGGCGUAUGUCUCCCUGUUCAUGCGUCACCUGUGUGAGCCCGUGGCCGACGGUGCCGAGACGUUUGCCGACGGCGUGCCGAGGGAGGGCCUGUGUCGGCAGCCUGUGCUCACCCGCAUCGGGGUCAUGUCCCUGGUCAAGAAGAAGAUCCAGGAGUUUGAGCACAUCAAUGGGCGGUGGAGUCUUCCAGAACUGAAGCCAGAGAUGAAGCCAGAGGCCCUGAGACCAGAGGUCAGUGUGUCUUCUUCCUCCAGAGCCUCCUCCCCUGGAGGGACAAUGAAGACCGCUACGCCCACCCCUGACCCCAGCUGUACCUCAGACAACACCCCCUGCACCUCAAAACCAGCUACCCCUGCUCCGUCGGACAAACUAGAGAAGAACGGGAAAGAUGGAGAGAAGGAAGAGGAAGAUGAGGAGCGUAAGGCCUCAUCUGAGCCAGAGCAAGAUGGCGAGAAGGAGAAGAACGAGGGGAAGGAGGAAGAGAGCAACAAGAGUGCAGACCCUGAAGUGACUCUAAUCUCUACCAAAGAAGCACUACAAGAAUUAUCCCCUUGCACAAGAACAGACAAGGAGGAGAAGGGUACAAAAGAGGAGAAGGAGGGGAAAGAAACCAAGACGACAGACACCCUUCCGGCCCUAGUGGAGGAGAAGAAAGUUGAGGAGGAGAGUAAGGAGGAGGGGUCCUUCGGAGAAACAACUAAGCAAGGGUCGGAGGUCAAACAUGAGAAACCAGGUAGUGUAACGCUCUCACCUGGAGAGAAGGUGGAGGAGAAAGAGAAGGACAACAACAAGGAAAAGGACAUGGAGAAGAGUGAGGAGGCCCCUGUCCCCACAGAAGGGCCAGACAACAUGGAAAGGAUGGAGCGACAGCAACCCUCUGACGUGAUGAAAGAGGAAGUAAAAGGUGAAAAGGAUGCUGGGAAAGAAGUGGCGAAGGAGGAGGUUGCCAAAGAUGCCUUGCCAAAACCCCCCAUCACCCCCCCCGACCGACGGCGCUUCAUGUUCAACAUCGCCGAUGGGGGCUUCACGGAGCUGCAUACGCUGUGGCAGAACGAGGAGCGGGCCGCCAUCUCCUCCGGGAAGAUGAAUGAGAUCUGGCACCGGCGACACGACUUCUGGCUGCUGGCGGGAAUUGUAGUUCAUGGGUACGCGAGGUGGCAGGACAUCCAGAACGAUCCCCAGUUUGCUAUCGUCAACGAGCCCUUCAAGUCGCAGGCCAACAAGGGCAACUUCCUGGAGAUGAAGAACAAGUUCCUGGCCCGCCGCUUCAAGUUAUUAGAGCAGGCCCUGGUGAUAGAGGAACAACUGAGACGGGCAGCCUACCUGAAUAUGACCCAGGACCCGGUCCACCCCGCCAUGGCGUUGAACGCCCGUUAUGCCGAGGUGGAGUGUCUGGCCGAGUCCCACCAACACCUCAGCAAGGAGUCCCUGGCCGGGAACAAACCGGCCAAUGCCGUGCUGCAUAAAGUGCUGAACCAGUUGGAGGAGCUGCUGAGCGACAUGAAGGCUGACGUGACACGGCUCCCCGCCACGCUGUCCCGGGUCCCGCCCAUCGCCGCACGUCUGCAGAUGUCAGAGAGGAGCAUCCUCAGCAGGCUGGCCAGCAAGGGCACUGACACACACCCGCCCCCGACCAUCCCUCCAGGACCCUACGCCACUCCUCAGAACUUUGGGCCCCCCUUCACCCCCACCCCCCUGGGAGUCUUACCCAUGGGAGGAGCCAAUUACAGCCAGAUGCCUCCUGGAUCCUUCGUAUCAGAAGCCCCAGAAGCCCCGGGUGGCGGCGGCGCCGGCUUCCUGAAGACCAAGGAGCACAACAUCAUUCAGCGGCAGCGCGUGGUAGACCUGUGGAAGGACGGCAAGUCGGAGGGGUCCAUAGGGCAGGAGCUGAGGAUGCCUAAGUCCACAGUGCACAGCAUCAUUGUCAAGUAUCGUCUCAGUAACACUGUGGAUAACCUGCCCCGCAAUGGACGGCCCAAGAAACCCUGAGGAUGGGGGGAUGGAGAGGCCCAAGAAACCCUGAGGAUGGAGGGAUGGAGAGGCCCAAGAAACCCUGAGGAUGGAGGGAUGGAGAAGUACAGAGAAACCCUGAGGAUGGAGGGAUGGAGAAGUACAGAGAAACCCUGAGGAUGGAGAAGUACAGAGAAACUCUGAGGAUGGAGAAGUACAGAGAAACCCUGAGGAUGGAGGGAUGGAGAAGUACAGAGAAACCCUGAGGAUGGAGAAGUACAGAGAAACCCUGAGGAUGGAGGGAUGGAGAAGUACAGAGAAACCCUGAGGAUGGAGAGAUGGAGAAGUACAGAGAAACCCUGAGGAUGGAGGGAUGGAGAAGUACAGAGAAACCCUGAGGAUGGAGGGAUGGAGAAGUACAGAGAAGCUCUGAGGAUGGAAAAGUACAGAGAAACUCUGAGGAUGGAGGGAUGGAGAAGUACAGAGAAACCCUGAGGAUGGAGGGAUGGAGAAGUACAGAGAAACCCUGAGGAUGGAGGGAUGGAGAAGUACAGAGAAACCCUGAGGAUGGAGGGAUGGAGAAGUACAGAGAAACCCUGAGGAUGGAGGGAUGGAGAAGUACAGAGAAACCCUGAGGAUGGAGAAGUACAGAGAAACUCUGAGGAUGGAGGGAUGGAAAAGUACAGAGAAACUGAGGAUGGAGGGAUGGAGAAGUACAGAGAAACCCUGAGGAUGGAGAAGUACAGAGAAACUCUGAGGAUGGAGGGAUGGAAAAGUACAGAGAAACCCUGAGGAUGGAGGGAUGGAGAAGUACAGAGAAACCCUGGGGAUGGAGAAGUACAGAGAAACUCUGAGGAUGGAGGGAUGGAGAAGUACAGGGAAACUCUGAGGAUGGAGGGAUGGAGAAGUACAGGGAAACUCUGAGGAUGGAGGGAUGGAGAAGUACAGGGAAACUCUGAGGAUGGAGGGAUGGAGAAGUACAGGGAACCCCUUAGGAUGGAGGGAUGGAGAAGUACAGAGAAACCUUGAGGAUGGAGGGAUGGACAAGUACAGAGAAACUCUGAGGAUGGAGGGAUGGAGAAGUACAGAGAAACUGAGGAUGGAGGGAUGGAGAGGCCCAAGAAACCCUGAGGAUGGAGGGAUGGAGAGGCCCAAGAAACCCUGAGGAUGGAGGGAUGGAGAAGUACAGAGAAACUGAGGAUGGAGGGAUGGAGAAGUACAGAGAAACUGAGGAUGGAGGGAUGGAGAAGUACAGAGAAACUGAGGAUGGAGGGAUGGAGAGGCCCAAGAAACCCUGAGGAUGGAGGGAUGGAGAAGUACAGAGAAACUCAGAGAGAGAGAGAGAGAGAGAGAGAGAGAGAGAGAGAGAGAGAGAGAGAGAGAGAGAGAGAGAGAGAGAGAGAGAGAGAGAGAGAGAGAGAGAGAGAGAGAGAGAGAGAGAGAGAGAGAGAGAGAGAGAGAGAGAGAGAGAGAGAGAGAGAGAGAGAGAGAGAGAGAGAGAGAGAGAGAGAGAAAAAGGGGAGGAAAGAGGCCUGAAAGCUGAACCUGGAGGUGAAAUGUCGUCAGAGAGGGAAAAAAACGAGAGUAUGUUAAUGUAUUCAAUAGAGAAUGUAGGUCUGAGCAGCUGAAAGAACAAAAAAUGCAAAGAAAGGGGAGAUUUGCCCUUUUUCAUCCCUCCUUCCCUGUGUCAGACAAAUCUACUGUCCCGUUCUGCUCCCGACACCGGCCGCAACGUUUCCCUUCCGGAAUCCUUCUUUAUCCAAUGGCAGAGUGAACGAGUCUGACCCCGCCCUCCUUUAUUCUUCCUCAAUCCCUCUCUCAGUCCUGCACACCUUCUCAUCCCCCACUCCCUCUCUCUUUCUCUCUCACACACACUCACACUCCCAAACACCGCAGACCUCACACACAACAUGACCGAAACCUAUUAAGUCGACUUUCUCUUUCCAUAGCCACCCUCCUCUGUUCAAUACAAGACACUGGGAUGCAAAUGCAAGCCAAAGAGGGCCAUCCUGGAGUCUCUCAUUUCAACCAACAGAGCAGGAGAAAUGAAUGACUUCUAAGUAUAACUCACUCCUUUCCCUGAACUCUGUCACCCCUCAGCAUUCCACCCCCGACCAACCAUAAAGGAGCUUAGAUGUAGAGACAAAAACAACUUCCUGUUUUUAUAUUGUUGUCGUUGUAAUGAACCAAUCAGCAUGAAGUGUUGAGAGGACAGUGCCCAAUGGGAAGAGAGCUUGGUGUAGAGACAUGUAAUCUUUUUACUGUAUUGACCAAUCAUACUUACUGUAGCACCUUUACAGUGCCUUGCGAAAGUAUUCGGCCCCCUUGAACUUUGCGACCUUUUGCCACAUUUCAGGCUUCAAACAUAAAGAUAUAAAACUGUAUUUUUUUGUGAAGAAUCAACAAGUGGGACACAAUCAUGAAGUGGAACGACAUUUAUUGGAUAUUUCAAACUUUUUUAACAAAUCAAAAACUGAAAAAUUGGGCGUGCUAAAUUAUUCAGCCCCCUUAAGUUAAUACUUUGUAGCGCCACCUUUUGCUGCGAUUACAGCUGUAAGUCGCUUGGGGUAUGUCUCUAUCAGUUUUGCAGAUCGAGAGACUGAAUUUUUUUCCCAUUCCUCCUUGGCAAAACAGCUAGAGUUCAGAGAGGUUGGAUGGAGAGCAUUUGUGAACAGCAGUUUUCAGUUCUUUCCACAGAUUCUCGAUUGGAUUCAGGUCUGGACUUUGACUUGGCCAUUCUAACACCUGGAUAUGUUUAUUUUUGAACCAUUCCAUUGUAGAUUUUGCUUUAUGUUUUGGAUCAUUGUCUUGUUGGAAGACAAAUCUCCGUCCCAGUCUCAGGUCUUUUGCAGACUCCAUCAGGUUUUCUUCCAGAAUGGUCCUGUAUUUGGCUCCAUCCAUCUUCCCAUCAAUUUUAACUAUCUUCCCUGUCCCUGCUGAAGAAAAGCAGGCCCAAACCAUGAUGCUGCCACCACCAUGUUUGACAGUGGGGAUGGUGUGUUCAGGGUGAUGAGCUGUGUUGCUUUUACGCCAAACAUAACGUUUUGCAUUGUUGCCAAAAAGUUCAAUUUUGGUUUCAUCUGACCAGAGCACCUUCUUCCACAUGUUUGGUGUGUCUCCCAGGUGGCUUGUGGCAAACUUUAAACAACACUUUUUAUGGAUAUCUUUAAGAAAUGUCUUUCUUCUUGCCACUCUUCCAUAAGGGCCAGAUUUGUGCAAUAUACGACUGAUUGUUGUCCUAUGGACAGAGUCUCCCACCUCAGCUGUAGAUCUCUGCAGUUCAUGCAGAGUGAUCAUGGGCCUCUUGGCUGCAUCUCUGAUCAGUCUUCUCCUUGUAUGAGCUGAAAGUUUAGAGGGACGGCCAGGUCUUGGUAGAUUUGCAGUGGUCUGAUACUCCUUCCAUUUCAAUAUUAUCACUUGCACAGUGCUCCUUGGGAUGUUUAAAGCUUGGGAAAUCUUUUUGUAUCCAAAUCCGGCUUUAAACUUCUUCACAACAGUAUCUCGGACCUGCCUGGUGUGUUCCUUGUUCUUCAUGAUGCUCUCUGCGCUUUUAACGGACCUCUGAGACUAUCACAGUACAGGUGCAUUUAUACGGAGACUUGAUUACACAGGUGGAUUGUAUUUAUCAUCAUUAGUCAUUUAGGUCAACAUUGGAUCAUUCAGAGAUCCUCACUGAACUUCUGGAGAGAGUUUGCUGCACUGAAAGUAAAGGGGCUGAAUAAUUUUGCACGCCCAAUUUUUCAGUUUUUGAUUUGUUAAAAAAGUUUGAAAUAUCCAAUAAAUGUCGUUCCACUUCAUGA